UUAUGAAUGUGUCAAUCAAAUCAACUGUCAAAUGAACGGACUUUUGAAAGGAUUGUCGAAAUCGGUUUAUCAGUAGGUUAUGAAAAAUACGAUUAAGUAAUAUUUAGUGUUAGAAUUUUGCCAUGAACGACCCGAGAUCAUUUGGUUAUGAAAAUAGUGAUGAGCAGUCUACGCUGAGACCAGCCGCGCCUGUGCCCCCGGGGCAGUAUAAGUUUUCGCCGGAAGAGUUGAAAGUCAUAUCGGAAUGCAACAACGAGAGCUUCUUCAAGCGGUCGUUGCCGCUAGGCACCAUUUUAGGUCUGGGUACAUACGCAGCGGUACAAAAUGGUAAUUUGAAGCCCAACCCGAGGUUUGGAGCAUUCCCUAAAGUGACUCUGGCAGUGGUUAUGGGCUACUUCAUUGGCAAGCUGUCUUAUCAGCAAGCAUGUGCUGAGAAACUGAUGGCUUUGCCUGGUAGCUACAUUGGACAGAUACUGCGGGACAGACGUGACGGAAAAACAGGAAUAGCAGCGCCACCUUCAAACCAAUCAACGUCAAUGCUCGGCGCCUCCCCGAGUGACAUCUACUCUGACGCCGGCCCUGGCAACUCUCUCGACCUGGACAUUGAACGUCCCCUGUUCAGUGAUGACACAUAUCGUCCUUACACUGACGCACCAACAAACCCGGCGGAGACUGCUCCACCUCGUCCGUCCCUCUCAUACGACGACUUGCGACGUAAAAAUCGCGGCGAAUACACCGACGCUAGACAAGAUCCUUAUAAGGUGAAUCCGAAUUCAGCCCCACCAGUGACAAGACCGAGAGUGCCACCCCCUACACCCCCCGCGACCGCCCCCACCAACAAAUAUGGCGACCAAAUGGAAUAGUUAAGACACGAAAGCUGUCACAUUUGAAUCAUAGAGAAAGGAAGGUCAUUGUG